GCGAUCGGCGCAAAGCGGGAAGGGAAAAGGCUGCGGUCGCAGAAAAGCGUGAAAUAGAGGUUCGUUUUCUUGAGUUUCGGAUUUCAGCACUCCGACUUGCCGGAAUUUGGGAAUUCCGUUCACGUCCGGCUAGGGUUUGUUUUUUUCUUCUUUAAUUAAUCGUUUUCAUCUAGAAUUCGUGAAAUCAGUGUUCCGGAGGUUCAAUAACGGAGCGAAUUCUUACCCUCUAGGGUUUCUUCAGUUGUCCUUCGAUUUCUUGGUUAUGAAGUUGAACCCAAGAUCCGGAACUGCGGGUUUCGUGGAAGAUUUAUAGCGGAGAAGUGUCUGAUGUUUACGCCGCAGAGGAAGGUGUGGUCGGGCUGGUCACUUACGCCGAGGAGUGACGUGCGGAAGAAUGGUGGGGCGUCGGUUCCAAACCCUAGAAAUGGCGGAGGCGGAGAUGGAAGUGUUGCAAAGGGAAAAAGUGUUGCUUUUCUUGAAGGGCCGCCGCCUCCGCUGGGUUCAUUAGCUGACAAUGGGGGAAAUAAUGUGACAGUGUUGGACGGUGGUGGUGACAUGGAUGACUGGCGACGGUUUUCAGAGGCUGGAUUGUUGGACGAGGCGUCACUGGAGAAGAAGGACCGGUUAGCGCUCGUCGAGAAGGUUUCGAAGCUAGAAAAAGAGCUUUUUGAAUACCAAUAUAAUAUGGGGCUGCUUCUGAUUGAAAAGAAAGAAUGGACUUCUAAGAAUGAAGAACUCAGGCAAGCAUUAAUUGAAGCACAGGAGAUCCUCAAGCGUGAACAAGCUGCACACUUAAUUGCAAUAUCUGAAGUCGAGAAGCGAGAAGAAAAUCUGAGGAAGGCUUUGGGAGUUGAGAAGCAGUGUGUGGAUGAUCUUGAAAAGGCUUUGCGUGAGAUGCGUGGGGAGUAUGCAGAAAUCAAGUUUACAUCUGAUACAAAGUUAGCUGAAGCAAGUGCUUUGGUUGUUAAUAUUGAGGAGAAGUCUUUGGAGGUGGAAGCAAAGCUGCAUGCUGCAGAUGCCAAUCUUGCUGAGGCAAGAAGAAAGAGUUCAGAGGUGGAAAGGAAGCUGCAAGAAGUGGAAGCUCGUGAAAGUAUACUUCGAAGGGAACGUCUAUCCCUAAAUGCAGAGCGAGAAGCACAGGAGACAACUUUGUCUAAACAGAGAGAAGACUUGAGAGAGUGGGAAAGGAAACUACAGGAGGGCGAAGAGAGGUUGGGUGAGGGUCGGCGAAUCUUGAACCAGAGAGAGGAGAGAGCAAAUGAAAACGACCGACUUCUUAAGCAAAGAGAAAAGCAUCUUGAAGAGGUUGAAAAGAAGAUUGAUAUGAUGAAUAUAACUUUAAAAGAGAAAGAAGAUGACAUAAAUACUAGAUUAGCAAAUCUAAUUGCAAAAGAGGAGGAAGCUGAUUUGACCAAAAGGAGCCUAGAUAUGAAAGAGAAGGAACUUCUUGUGCUAGAAGAGAAGCUAAAUGCUAGAGAAAGAAUGGAGAUCCAACAGAUCCUUGAUGAGCACAACAACAUUCUGGAGAAGAAGAAACAUGAAUUUGAGUUGGAAUUGGAGCAGAAGAGGAAAUCCUUGGAUGAAGAACUGAAAAGCAGAGUAGUUGAAGUGGAUCAGAGGGAAGUUGAAGUUAACCACAAAGAGGAAAAAAUUGCUAAACGGGAGCAGGCAGUAGAGAAGAAAUUGGAGAAAUCUAAGGAGAAGGAAAAGGACCUUGAGUCAAAAUCGAAAGCUUUGAAGGAGAGGGAGAAAGUUCUCAAAGCUGAGGAGAAGAGCUUAGAGAUACAGAAGAAACAAAUGCUUUCUGAAAGAGAGAACUUGGUGAUACUCAAAGCUGAAGUGGAGAAGAUAAAGGCUGACAUUGAUGAGCAGCAAACGAGGAUAUGCAAAGAAAGGGAAAAGCUCAAAGUAACUGAAGAUGAGAGAGCUGAAUAUAUUCGGCUGCAAUCAGAGCUGAAACGGGAGAAUGAUAAAUGCAGGCUUGAGAAGGAAUUAUUUUUGAAGGAGGUUGAGGAUUUGAGGCAGGAAAAGGAGCAUUUUGAGAGGGAGUGGGAAGUUUUGGACGAAAAGAGAACUGAAAUUAUGAAAGAGUUGAAGAAGGUAAGUGAAGAGAAAGAAAGGCUGGAGAAACUGAAAACCUCAGAAGAGGAAAGGCUGAAAAAUGAAAGGAUUGCGAUGCAGGAUUCUGUGAAAAGGAAGGAGGAAGCUCUAAAACUGGAGAAAGAAUCUUUCACUGCCUGCAUGGAGCAUGAACAAUCAGUGCUUUCUGAAAAAGCUCGAAGUGAGCAUGAUCAGAUGCUCCAUGACUUUGAGCUGCUGAAAAGGGAACUCGAGGCUGAUAUUCAUAAUAGACAAGAGGAAAUGGAGAAACACUUGCAGGAAAGAGAGAGGGAAUUUGGAGAGGAGAGGUCUAGAGAACAGAAUAAAAUUGACCACCUAAGGGAGGUGGCUCGGAGAGAAAUGGAAGAAAUGGAGCUGGAAAGACGUAGAAUCAAAAAAGAAAAAGAAGAGGUUGCUACAAACAAAAGGCAUCUUGAAGUACAGCAACUUGAAAUGCGGAAAGACAUUGAUGAUCUUGUUACGCUUAGCAAGAAGCUCAAGGAUCAGAGAGAACAAUUUCUCAGGGAGAGAGAACACUUCCUUGCAUUCGUGGAGAAAAACAAGGAUUGCAUGAACUGUGGAGAAAUUAUCAGUGAAUUUGUGUUCUCUGAUCUGCAGUCCCUUCAAGAGCUCGAUGGUGCCGAGGUCCUUCCCCUGCCAAGACUGGCUGAAAAUUAUCUGGAGUCAAUGCAAGGUGGUGGCACCAGUGCUGAUGGGGCAAAUACUGAAUUUUCUCCUGGAGGAACAUGUUUGGGUUCUCCUGGUGGACGCAUGUCUUGGCUCCGGAAAUGCACUUCCAGAAUAUUUAACUUCUCCCCAAUCAAAAAGACUGAGCAAGUUGCUGCUCAAGGCCUAGGUACGGAAUCUCUUCCUACAGAAGUUAAUAUAGAAGAAGAAUCAUCAAAAAGGUUAGUUGGUGCCGAAGAUGAACCAGAACCUUCCUUUGUGGUACCAAGUGAUUCUUUUGAUGUCCAGAGGAUCCAAUUAGAUAAUAGCAUCAGAGAGUUGCAAGAUGAACCAACUUUAUCUGUUGAACAGAGCAACAUGGAUAGCAAGACAGAAGAAUUACCAGAAGAUUCCCAACAUUCGGAGCUGAAGAGUGGUAGACGCAAAUAUGCCAAGAAACGUAGGCCCAUGCGUAGAACACGUUCUGUGAAGGCUGUUGUUGAGGAUGCAAAGGUUAUUCUUGGGGAAACCCCAGAAGAGAAUAAGAAUGAACAAAAUGGGAAUAGAGAAGGUUUUGUCGAUAUUGUUGAAGAAAGCCGAGGAGAUUCUGGUAUGGCAAGCAUGGGGCGGAAGCGUAACCAUGCCCAUGCUUCUAUAACUACUGUGAGUGAGCAGGAUGCUGAUGACAGUGAAGUGCGCUCAGAUAGUGUUACAACAGGUGGGCGGAGAAAGAGGAGGCAAACAGUUGCACCGGCUAUGCAAACUCCAGGUGAAAAGCGAUACAACCUAAGGCGUCCGAAAGUUGUGGGCAAAGCUGUAGCAGCAGUUCAAGCAACAUCUGAUCCCACCAAAGGAAUGAAGAAGGCAGCUGAUGGUGGUGAGGUUACAGGAGAAGAAGCUUCCAAGCAGGAAGCUGCCAUUGCAGAUUCUCAGGGAGUUAAUGGUGAGAAUGGGCAAAGUACACGUUUGGUGCAGGUGACAGCAUUAGAAAGUGUGGUGGAAAUUCAUGAGAUCUCAGCCGAUAGAGCUGUCAGGUUUGAGACAGUAACUGGUGGUGGCAAUGCUGAGGCAAUGAUGUUGAUUGGGAAUGCAGAGUUGAGUGAAGAAGUGAAUGGGACAACAGAAGGGCCGGUUGAGUAUGGUGAUGAAGAGUAUGCGAGUGAAGGUGACGAGGGAGAUGGAUUUGGGGACGAAGAUGAGGAUGAUGAUGAUGAUGAGUCUGAGCAUCCAGGCGAAGUGUCAAUUGGGAAAAAGUUGUGGAAUUUCUUCACAACGUGAUUAGGUUCCACCUGUGUUUUUGGCACGUUGAUGGGGGUGAGUCUUGACUGCAUCAAGUUUUUUGAGCUUGCUGUUAAGAGCUCUCUCUCUGUUGUCUUGUGUAUUAACAUUUGAAAUGUACUGUAACUAGGGACCUCUCUCAUUUCAAGUGGGAGUGGGAGGAUAGGACGGUCUUUCUAUUUUUUCCCCUUUAUCUCUCUUUUAUAUCGAUAUUGUUUCCGUUGUGCCUUUGGUUAGGAUAUCGGUCUGUUUUAUUAUUUUCAGCAGGCCUGUGUUGAUUUGUAGUAAAUAGAUCCCCCUGUUUAACAUUGGCACUAUCAGCCUGCCUUUUCCAUUGUCUAAAUUAUUUGUAUCCACUAUCAACUACUGUUGUUUCUUUUCCCCAAUCACUCUUUUCCUGAUUUCUGUUGUCUUGACUCUGGAGUUGGAUUAUUGGAUA